AUGGUUGCCUUAACUCUUGGUAUCUUCUUCACGUCGCUGGCGGCGUCUGCUGUUGCAGCUCCGGCCCCAGCCAUCACUCCUGCACCCAAGCCCGAAGUCGUGAAGCGUGCCUCCAGCUGCACUUUUUCAGGCUCCAACGGAGCUGCUGAGGCUUCCAAGUCACAGUCAUCAUGUGCUACCAUGGUCCUUUCCGACGUUGCCGUCCCUUCAGGCACAACUUUGGACCUCUCUAGUCUGGCUGACGGUACUACUGUCAUCUUCGAGGGUACCACCACCUGGGGCUACUCGGAGUGGAAGGGUCCUCUUCUUGACAUCCAAGGAAAGAAGAUCACUGUCAAGGGCGCCGAGGGAUCUGUUCUCAAUGGUGAUGGUGCUCGUUGGUGGGACGGUAAGGGUGGAAAUGGUGGAAAGACCAAGCCCAAGUUCUUCUCCGCUCACAAACUGACCGACUCCACCAUCACCGGCAUUACCAUCAAGAACCCUCCCGUCCAAGUCGUUAGUAUCAACGGCUGCGAUGGUCUUACCAUUACAGACAUGACUAUUGAUGCGUCCGACGGCGACAAGGACGAGCAGGGCCACAACACAGAUGGUUUCGAUAUUGGCUCCAGCAACAACGUCAUCAUUGAUGGCGCUAAGGUUUACAACCAGGAUGAUUGCGUAGCUGUCAACUCAGGUACCGAAAUCACCUUCAAGAACGGCCUCUGCUCCGGUGGACACGGUCUAUCCAUUGGCUCGGUUGGUGGUCGUGACGAUAACACUGUCGACACUGUCACCUUCUCCAAUUCCGAGGUCACCAAGUCUGUCAACGGUGUCCGCGUCAAGGCUAAGGUUGGCACAACCGGCAAGAUUAACAAAGUCACCUAUGAAGAUAUUACUCUGUCUGAGAUUUCCAAGUAUGGCGUUCUUAUUGAGCAGAACUACGAUGGCGGUGACCUUCAUGGUGACGCGGACACUGGUGUCCCCAUCACCGCCUUGACACUUGACAACGUCACUGGUGGUGUUUCCAGCAGCGGCUACGACGUCGUUGUCACCUGUGGCAAAGGCUCUUGCACAGGCUGGACCUGGACCGGUGUCGACGUUACUGGUGGUAAGACCUAUGACAAGUGCUCCAACGUGCCCAGCGUUACCAAGUGUUCGUAAGUGCUUGAAGGUAAUCGGGGCCUUGGGUGGAAAUACCUGAGUUUGGCUCGGUUGAGAUGAUGCACAAUUCUCCUAGAAUCUGGCAUGUUGCUUGAUCCUGCAGUCUUUCCUUGUGCUGCGCUGUAAAUAUUCGCUUCUUCUUUCCAAGAUGUUCGGAAAGGUGAGGGCUUUGAGUCCUUCUUGAAUCUCAUUUAGCCAAUACACACCUUCCUACGAACAUGUUCCCUCGCUCAGUGUCUCGAGACUUUCAGUAUGCCGGGAUUGGAACCAGACAUGCACGAUGGACCGUGGAUGGCGAUCUUUCCCCGAAGUUCUGACGGGAGGCACCGUACCAUCUGCAGAACAGUUGGAGACAAUGUGGUUCAUACUGCGAAGAGUUGAAAUCGAGAGUAUGGUGCCACUGCCAACGUC